UCCCAACAGCAACAUCGCUCAGGCGGCAGCAGCAGCAGCAACAGCACAGCAGCAACACCACACAAGUCACUCAAAAGGCGGAACAGAGACGGGGAUACGAUACACAUACACACACUCCACUCGUUUCGUUUCACUUCGAUUUUCAACCGUUUGAGUCGGAGAGCGGCGAACGGCCAACGAAUUCAGUUUGUGUCGAGACGUUGUCGGUGGCACGUCGCAUCUGAAAGAACGCUCAGUCAGCCAGCUACACAAAAAAAAAAAGAAAACAAAGCAGAGAUACAGAUACAAGUGCUAAACCAAAGUGAACCGUGCAGUUCCCAAAAAUACAACAUAAAUCUAAAAGCCAAAUAAAUCAACAAAAAGACAGUAUAAUGUCUUCCACAUCGGCCUCGCCCAUCAGCAACAUAACCGUGGAUGACGAGCUCAACUUGAGCAGAGAACAAGACUUUGCCGAGGAGGACUUCAUAGUGAUCAAGGAGGAGCGCGAGACAAGUCUCUCCCCCAUGCUGACUCCCCCGCACACGCCCACCGAGGAGCCUCUGAGGAGAGUGCAUCCGGCGAUAAGCGAAGAGGCCGUGGCCACUCAACUGCACAUGCGACACAUGGCCCACUACCAGCAGCAGCAGCAACACCAGCAACAGCAGCAGCAGCAACAUCGCUUGUGGCUGCAGAUGCAACAGCAGCAGCAGCAUCCGGCACCGCAGCAAUAUCCAGUUUAUCCCGGAGCCACCGCCGAUCCCGUGGCCGUGCAUCAGCAGUUGAUGAACCACUGGAUCCGCAAUGCAGCCAUCUACCAGCAGCAGCAGCAACAACAGCAGCAGCAUCAGCAUCCGCACCACCACCACCACCAUGGACAUCCGCACCACCCGCACCCACAUCCGCAUCAUGUGCGUCCCUAUCCCGCUGGCCUCCACAGUCUGCAUGCCGCGGUUGUGGGUCGUCACUUCGGAGCCAUGCCCACCCUGAAGCUCGGCGGUGCCGGUGGUGCCAGUGGUGGACCUACUGGAGCAGCGACCGGCAGCAGCCGGCCCAAGAAGCAGUUCAUCUGCAAGUACUGCAAUCGGCAGUUCACCAAGUCCUACAACCUCCUCAUCCACGAGCGAACCCACACGGACGAAAGGCCCUACUCCUGCGACAUCUGCGGCAAGGCCUUCCGGCGACAGGACCAUCUGAGGGAUCACCGGUACAUCCACUCCAAGGACAAGCCCUUCAAGUGCGGCGAUUGCGGCAAGGGCUUCUGCCAAUCUCGCACCCUUGCCGUCCACAAGGUCACCCACCUGGAGGAGGGUCCGCACAAGUGCCCCAUCUGCCAGCGCAGCUUCAACCAGCGGGCCAACCUGAAGAGUCACCUCCAGAGUCACAGCGAGCAGAGCACCAAGGAAGUGGUUACCUCACCAGUCGCCUCCCAUUCCGUGCCAAGCCAGGCAUUGAGCUCGCCUCAACCUGAGAACUUGGUACAGCAUCUGCCCGUCCUGGAUCUGUCCUCCUCCUCAUCGACGAGCUCCGAGAAGCCCAAGCGAACACUGGGCUUCACCAUCGAUGAGAUCAUGAGCAGAUAGAUCCAAGGGACAGCUAAGCCAAACCAACAUCUGGUUUCUGUUGAGAGAUUCAAGAAGAGAUUCAGAUUCAGCUGGACAGCCGCCAGGCAUGGGAAGUGCCUGGAAUGGAAAGUCAACCGAGUCCAGCUCGCAUUCUGGCCAAAGGAAAAUCCUCGCCAGCAAUUCGCAACCGCAAUCGCAACCCAGUGAGCAGAAGUAGAGUCAUCCUCCUUGCAAUCGGUUCUAUAUAACCCGGAAAUAUAUAGUAAGCCCACAUUGCAUUAAACAAAUGCCAAAGUCAAAUAGCAGAGGAAAACUGAUGAAAAAUCCAAUGAAAAGUAUUGCUAGCACAAGCCUCCUACAAAACAAUUCCAAAACACACACACAAUUGUAAACUAUAUAUUUAAAUAAAUACCAUAUAAUUGUAAUUAUAACCUAACUAUAUGUUAUUGUACCUUAUAGUCGUAGUAGCCCAUUCAGUUUUUAAUGCUUAUGGAGUAAAAGUACACCAAAUGUUAUGUUACAAUAGUUCAAUCAAACAACCUCAAACCCGCUUUGGUUAAUGAAAGACUGUUUUAAUUAUUAUAUUUAAAUAAUACUUGAAUAAAUCAAUCGAUCGAUUGUAUAAUGUUAAA